AUGUGUCCAAGGUACUCCACCGAAUCCAAAAAGAAUGAGCACUUUGCCUUCUUGAGGGUGAGCCCAGCUUUUGACAAUCUGGUAUCCCUUGCAAUAGAUUUUCCAUCACUCGUUGAAAAAUUGAUGGUGCGGACGAAACUCCAAAAGAGAUCCAAAGCUGAUACCUUCAACUUGGUUGAGUUUUUCCAAGCCCUAUACCCAAGAAGCAAGCGACUCCACUAUGGGAUGCUGUUUUUAGACUGUGUCAGCAGUGGUUGGGGGAGGAAGAGAGGGUGGUGGUGUACAGAGCGUGAAGAUAGGGAGGGGCUAGUACCACACACACUCCUCUAUAUAGUGGCAAGAUCUCUUACUGAUGGAGCUCUGGCUGCUGAUGUCAAGAGGGUGUGGUCGAUGAGACAAGCAUUCCUUCUACUGGACUUUGAGGAUAUUUCAGCCGAGCCAUUCAAAGCCAUGUUACUAUCAGCCACACUGCAACCACUCUAUAUUAAUACUGAAGAAGGCCGCAAGUUCUUGAGUUUCCUGUUUGGUAUGCAUCCGUCCUUUGUAGAGGACCUCCACCAAACCAUCAAGUACCAAAUACCAUACAUGUCUAAGGAGGUGUAUUUGAGGGCGUGGCGUCUGUCCUCUGGGCCGUACCUCCGUCAGAUAGAGGAACAAUGUCUGCAAGACCUCAUGUUCUCGGCAGUACACGCCCCCAGGCUGGGUCAACACUCCUUGUUUAACUCUCUCAGAAAGGUCAGUAUAUAGUUGUGCUAUUAUAACCUCUCUAAAAAGACUGCAUUUAGGAAUCAUAAUAAUUAUUAUGCAGUUGUAGAAGAUUGUAAUUUUAGCACAUGUGUAUGACCAAGGGCGUAUAAGAGAAGAGGGCAUGUAAUUACUCGCAUGCACUACUCUCAGACUCACCAAACUUCAUACUGUAAGAAAUGCCCACAA